AUGGGAUUCCGAGAUCUUAUUAAUUUCAAUAAGGCAAUGCUUGCCAAGGCUACUAAUUCCAAGGCUUCCCCUGUUUUUGAGGUGCUCGUCGAUUUGCUGUGGGAGAUCUGGUGCCAGCAAAAUAAUGCAAUCUUAAGGCAGCAGAAUCCAGACCCAAUCCAAGCUGUCGAGAACACCCUAACUCAGAGUCGGAUCUUGAUGAUUGUCGACCCAUCUGCGCAGGGUCAUCAAAAAUCAGCUUUGAGCCCAGAUCGACGAUGGACACCUCCUACAAAAGGUAGCAUCAAAUGUAACAUUGAUGGGACUUUUCAUUCAGGGAGUGCGGAAGGAUCAAUGGCGUAUAUUUCCAGGAAUUUUAAAGGAAUACUUACUAAUGUUUUUACUCGAAGCUCUCCAACACAAUCGGCCUUCCAGGCAGAGAUUUACGCCCUCAUUCUGUCGAUCCAACAUCUAAUCCAGCAGGCGCUUAAUCUGGAGCGCCUUUUCAUGGAGUCGAACUGCCUGCUGUUGGUGGAGAUUUUCGCGGAGAAGAAGACGCCGCCAUGGACGGAGCGCCACCUCUUCACUGAACUUGAAGAUUUGCUCACUCGAUGCCCUAAUCUCUCACUUCAGCAUUGUCACAGAGAAGCAAAUGCAGCUGCUGAUUGGGCUGCAAAAGCCCACCGAAAUCAAGGCCCGGCCCGCAACUGGAAUAUAUUCCCUCCUUUCAUUUUGCAGGAUAUUGUAUAUAGUGAUGCUUUAGCUUCUGGUUGUGUUCCUGUUUAA